CAAGGCACGUAAUUUUUAAACGGAGUGGAAUGCAAGUAGGGGCUAGUGGCUGUUUAGCCGUAGAAAAUGUCUAAUUUAUGUCACUGCUUUGAAAACAAAAAGCUUUGAACAUUGUGCUAUUUUUAAAAGUUGGUUUUCCUCGUUUUUAACUCAAGAAGAUGAGUUCUCAGAUUGUCACUCCCGGUCCAUACAGGGCAACCAAACUGUGGAAUGAAGUCACAAAGCUAUUUCGAGCCGGGAUGCCUCUGCGGAAACAUCGGCAACACUUCAGAGUGUAUGGGAACUGUUUUACUGCCGUGGCAGCUGUCGACUGGUUGCAUGAACUGCUCAAAAGCAAUAGUAACUUCGGGCCAGAUGUCACUAGGCAACAGACUGUCCAGCUGCUGAAGAAGUUCCUGAAGAAUCAUGUGAUCGAGGAUGUGAAGGGUAGAUGGGGUACAGAAGAUUUAGAGGACAACAGCCAUCUCUUCAAGUUUGCUUCAACCUCUCCUUUGAAGCCCAUUCCCCACCAUCCUCCUGCAUCAAGGCCAGGAUCAAUAAAUAAGUUCUCGUUGAAAGAAAAGGAAGGCUUCUUAAAAUUCAGGAAUUCCAAAAAACCUGACAGAGAGACUUUAGAAAAUGUUGAUCCUUCAGUACAAGAUAUUGAGACGGAGCCUUUGAUUGAAGUGAUCCAGCCCAAAGAACUAACAGAGGAAGAUAUCCAGAAUGUGUGGCGAAGCAUCACUCUCACACACUUACAGAAAACAUUGGGAUUGACCGCACUUGAGGAUGUUUUGGACCCAAGACUCGUCAAUCCUCAAAAUAUUGUGAACAACAUGACCAAAGUGAACAAGCAUGGUGUUGUUACGCUUGAUGACAAGACUGAUGAUCUCCCACACUGGGUUUUGUCUGCAAUGAAAUGCCUUGCAAACUGGCCAAAGUAUGACUCCAGUCAUCCAUCCUAUCCUGGUUUUGAGCGGGAUGUGUUUAAAACAGUCUCUGACUACUUCUACAGCCUCCCUCAGCCUCUUCUCACAUUUCAAUACUAUGAGUUGUUUGUCAACGUCUUGGUUUUAUGUGGCUACAUUGUGGUUCCUAAAACCCAGAGAGGAAAGCGGAAAAACCAAGAGGAGCCAACCUAUCCCCAGCCUGCAAAAAAUCCGCAUAUGAAUGGUUCCGUUAACCAGUUCAAAUCUACUGAAUGCCUGCUGUUAAGCUUAAUUCGGAAAGAGGCUUUUGAAGAGGGUGAUUCGCCAAUGAGGGAUGUGUUCAGCUCAAGGGUCCAGUCUACGUUUACUGCUCCGAAUUCAGAUUGUGCCAGGAAAAUCCCCCAGAUGAACUUGCCAGGCCGACGGGCAAGUUCUGGGGACAUCCUGGAAGGCAGCAGUCUGAACCUAACCAAGUCAGAGAGCAGUGGAGCUGCGACAGUCAGGCUCGGAAGACCCAGGAGCUGCUCUCUCUCGAGAAUCCUCGACGAGUCAGAGUCUGACUCAUGCUCCCAGUCCAAGUUUUUCCAGUCUGCCGAGAGUCUGGCAUCUAGUAACAAUAGCAGGAUGUACAGUACCCCGCCUCAGAAUACAACAGACUCUCUGCCAGAUGUCUGCCCUAAUCCUGCACCCCAAGUCUUUGUCACAGAAACUUCUAGUUCUGAAACCAUUUCAGGUAUCAUUUCUCAAAAGGACAUUCAUCACCGCUCCAAAAGUGAAAGUGCCAGAAGUAACAUCUCACUACCAAUGGACAACCUUUCAGUCAGUCAGAAACUCAGGCCCAUGCGCCCAAGGAGUAUUGGUACCUAUUUGGAUCUAAUUGAGUGCAGAGAGAUGUCUGCUAGUUGUCUUAGUAUUAACACUCCGGUGGCAGAGAUCACCAUGAAGCCAGACUUCUCCUCUGUUAUUGACCUGAGAGGCCCCAGUUUGUGCAACCUGAGGGCCAGCAGCACAGACCUGAGAGCAGGGCCCUCUGUUAGCAGGCGCUGUCAAAGCUCUCUGGACCUGUACAGGCCAACCCUUGCUUUGCCGUUUGUCUCCACUUAUGCACGCCAUCUGAGUCCUGAGCAAAGUCUCCUCCAGCCUGAGUUGGAGCGGGUGGCCAUCGAGGCGCUGCAGCUCUGCACCCUCCUUCUGCCCCCUGCCAGCAGGAGGAAGCUCCAGCUGUUGAUGAGGAUGAUAUCCCGGAUGAGUCAAAACGUGGAUAUGCCUCGGCUUCAUGAUGCAAUAGGAACACGCACACUGAUGGUACAUACAUUUUCUCGUUGUGUGCUGGGCUGUGAAGAGGAGAUGGACCUGGAUGAGCUGCUGGCCACCAGACUGGUCUCAUUCCUAAUUGACCAUCACAAUGAGAUUCUUCAAGUGCCUGUCUAUUUGCAGGCUGCUGUCCAGGACCACAUUGCCUACCUCAGGAAAGUACAGAUUAACUAUCCAGGUAGUGGUGGUGCAGGAGUACCAAUGCCCAUCUAUUCCUACUGCAGACAGGUCAGCACCAAGGAGUUUGAGGAGCAGAAGAUGACAGUGUCCCAGGCUGCCAUCGCUGACCUGCUGGAGAACCUGGUGAAAGACAAGAACAUGUCUGUGAAGGAUAGAAAGAAGAAGCUUAAGCAGUUUCAGAAGCUCUAUCCCAACAUUUAUGCUCGCCGGUUUCCAACCACGGAGAGUGAGGCACAGCUUUUUGAAGGUAAACCAAAGAUCAAGCCACCAAUGAUGAUUAGUAUGAAGAAACCAAAAGCGUUUGGUAUUAGAAACUGAAGGUACAAUUGGGAUGCAACUGUUUGUGUGUCGAAUGUUGUGUUACUGCCUCAAACUAGGCGUGGCAGAUCAAUGAAGGAAGAUGGGAGAACGACAUGGGAGACGACCUCUGUUUAGACUAUGUAACAUGUCUUUGUUUAAAUUAUGCAAUAUAUAUAUAUUUGUUUUUGUCAUUAAAGUUUUAGUUUGUCAUUUUUAAAUACUUCAAUAAUUGUCUUUGGUAAAUGAAACGUUUUGUAUUAGUAUUCAUAACCAUUAUGGGUGUAUACUGGAUAAGGGUUAGGGUUACUUACUAUUUGGGAGUGAAAUACAUUUUUAUAUGGAUCCACAUUUACAAAGUACAGUACCUUGUAGGAGUAUAUGAAGUGCUUGUAAUUUCUUUGUGUGAUGUCAAUGGUUCAUGUAAUUUGUCUGUGUUUUGGUAUUGCACUUUUCUGUAGUCCUUUUAUUUUUUUAUUUUUAUUUUUUUUAAUUAUUAUUACAAUAACAUUCUUUGAAUGUUGAGCUCAAACAGUUAGGUAAAGGAUUUUUUUUUUUUUCUGUCAUUUUACAUCAACCUGCAGCUGCACCUGUCAGUACAAGGAGCAAUACAUGCUUGAAAAAUAUACAUCUACUGUGAUCUUUAAAGCAUUUAACCUUCUUUAUUGGGGACUUUUUGAUUCAGUUUGAUGCGGUUUUCUCGAUACCUUUUUUAGAUUUUCUGACCUCUAAAGAGCUACCUAUAACAUGUUAUGACCUUUGGAUGUGUUAUGUCUAUGCAAAAUCUGUUUGCUAUGCAACAACCUGGAAAAUAAAGUCAAAAUGUAAAAUGA